CACAGUCAUGGCGUCCUCCUGUCCGCCGACAGGCAACGUGAUCAUUCGAUAAAAUGAGAAAGUUUUUCUUCACUUAGACGUCGACCGUGAAUAAAACUUAAAAUCAAAGUAUCUCACGUAAAAUUAAAUCUGCACUACGUGAUUAUUUUCCGCUCUGAGACUUUAUCCUUUCACCUCAGAUGGCUUCAUUUAAACCCACAAAAAUCCCAGUCUAUCCAAAACUUGGAGAAAAGAUCACAGAAGAUACACUGUACUGGAAAAAUUACAAGCUUCCUGUCCAGAUUAAAGAAUUUGGAGCUGUCUCGAACAUAGACUUUUCCCCUGUGGCUCCAUAUAAUUUUGCUGUAACAGCGUUCACAAGAAUCCACAUCUAUGGACUGUAUUCCCAGGAGCCAGUUAAGACUUUCACUCGGUUCAAGGACACGGCGUACUGUGGCAGGUUCAGGUCAGACGGACAGCUGCUCGUGGCGGGAUGUGAGGACGCUGCUGUCCGACUGUUUGAUGUCAACGGAAAGGUGGCGCUCAGGCUGUUCAAGGGGCACACGAAGGCUGUACACGUAACAGAUUUCACCUCAGACCGUUACCAGAUCCUGACGGGGUCUGAUGACUACACGUGCCGACUUUGGGACAUCCCGAAUUCAGCUGAGCUCACCUCCUACCAGGAACACACAGAUUACAUCCGCUGCGGUGUUACGAGCAAACUCAACAGUGAUCUGUUCUUUACCGGGUCGUACGACCACACGCUCAAAGUGUUCGACGCCAGAACGGACAAGAGCGUGAUGAGCAUGGACCACGGCCAGCCGGUGGAAAGCCUCCUCCUCUACCCUUCUGAGGGACUCCUCGUCUCUGCAGGUGGGCGCUACGUUAAAGUGUGGGAUUUGUUAAAAGGUGGUCAGCCCCUGGURUCUUUGAAGAACCACCAUAAAACCRUCACCUCUUUGGCUCUCGGCAGCAACGGACAGAGGCUGCUGUCAGCCUCCCUGGACAGGCACGUAAAGGUCUACAACACAACCAACUAUAAAGUGGUCCACAACUUUGAUUAUGCUGCUGCUAUCCUCAGUCUGGCUUUGGCUCCAGCGGAUCAGUCCAUUGUCGUGGGUAUGACCAACAGCAUUUUGAAUAUCAAACACAGGAAGAACCCUGAAGAGUCGAAGGAAGUAACGCGCCAACAAAGGCGGCGUCCAUCGUACCGUGUCUUUGUGAAGGGGAAGAACCACGUUCCAAAACAAGAUGAUUAUCUUGUCAGUAAACCAGUGAAACAACAUUUGGCCAAAUAUGACAAACAGCUCAAACAAUUUAAUGUAUCUAAAGCUUUGGAUACAGCCCUAGAGACAGGCGUUCGAAUAAGAAAGCCAGAGAUCACUGUGGCGGUUUUAAAGGAGCUGGACCGAAGAGGAACGCUGAAGAACGCACUCGCAGGAAGAGAUGAGAAGCAGCUGUCUGCGUUACUCGGAUUUGUCAUCGGAAACAUGUUUGAUGCCAGGUUUACGCCCGUCCUUGUAACAGUGGCUGAAAUAAUCCUGGACAUCUAUAAGUCCGUACUCGGUCAGUCUGCAGUGGUCGACCGUCAGAUGAUCCGCCUGCAGGAGCAGCUGGAGAGAGAAAUUGACUACCAGAGACACCUCCUGGAAGUUCUGGGCAUGUUGGACACAAUGUUUGCUUCCUCCCUCCCACGGCAGGAGGUUCCAUGCUCCGGCACCAUCAGUGGAUCUAACGGGYUGGUUCAGGGAGACGCAAGUACCUCCAGGUCGCAGCUUCAGGUCACCUGAGACUUGUGUGGGAAAGAACUGCUUUUAGACUGAUUUAAAAUGUCUUUUUGAGACAUCGGACACAACUUUUCUGUCUUUAAACAUCCUCAAAUACUUGUUCUGCGACAAAUACAGGUAUUAGAUCUGCCUUGGAUCCUUCAUUUACAAAUGACUUUUCUAACAGGUGUCACUCAGAACUGGAGCUUUCCAACGUUAAACAUCGUUGUACAGAACUAUUUUAAUUUUUAGCUGUUUUGUACCUAAAUAAAAUGAGAUUAUUGUGUGAGAUCUGAACUCUAAAAACAGAAGUGAACUUUCAUCCAACUGAUUAUUUAUUUUUGCAGCAUUUGACUUUGAAUAAAUUAGAUUUACGCAGUGUUUUUUUUUACUACACUGCACCAGUUCAUCUAGCACAAUUUUGAAUAUAAUUUCUGCAAAUUUCGCUUAAAUUAGCAGUCUUGUGCAAAACCGUUGCCUCUAUUCACAUCCAGUCAUUUAAAGAAAGAUGUUCUGUAAAUGCAGGGUUCCAAGCAGAUGUGGCAGGCUGAUCACUUCUGGUACAGAAAAUCAAACUCAGAUGYUUUUCUGCUGGGAGUGGUUGUUUUACUGAAAGACAGCAGUUGUACUGUGGGCCUUCAUGGACAUUACAGCACAGCAGUACGGACUCAGAUUCAGACUUUACUGUCUUUUAAACAAUUUACGAACAAUUCAAAUAAAAAUAAUACAUUUUGAAACCUGAAUUAUGAUAGUUAUGCUUCACGUGCUCAGCAAACAGAAAUGUUCACAUUUUAUUUUCAAAAGUUAUAAUUUUGGCAAAAAUGUUUAUUGUGUUUUAUCUAAAAUUGGACAUUUUAUUGAGCAAUGUUCUGUCUGUUGUCAUAUAGGCUAGUCACAAGCUAAUUAGCUAUUAUCCACAAACAAAUUAGUUAUUACCCACAAGCUAAUUAGCUUUCAGCCAAAAGCUCAUUAACUAUUAGCCACAAGCUAAUUAACUAUCCCGUUUCUGAGCAACGAAUCCACCAAUCACAGCAGAGCUCGUUUAAAUUAGCUUCCGGUUGAUUUACGCUAAUUUUGUUGGCCAAUUAGUUACCUGCACAAGAAACAAGACACAAAAUUUGGUUUCAGUUGUGAUUUGACUACUUGGCAGGUGAGAACGAAAACAUGCAUUUAUUGUAUGAAUAAAUAAUUGAAUGGAAAAAAGGCAUUUUAUUGAAAGCCCUGCUUUUCUCAUUUUAAUUUGUAAUAAGUUUGUCAGAUCAGAUGAUGUCACUGUUGUUAUGUUAGCUGACUUUUUAUAGGCAGAUAAAAAAUAUAUGUUUUUGUCACUAAAUCUGACUACUAUAAUUUUGAUUAAAAAAGCGGCGUCAACUUUC